AUGUUAAAGAAAAACUACACUGAGGUAACUGAAUUUAUUCUCCUGGGGCUGACCGAUCGAGCUGAGCUGCAGCCCAUCCUGUUUGCAGUAUUCCUAGUGAUCUACCUUAUCACAGUAAUUGGCAAUGUGAGCAUGAUUGUUCUAAUCAGAAGUGACUCAAAAUUGCACACACCAAUGUACUUUUUCCUCAGUCACCUGUCCUUUGUAGAUCUCUGUUAUGCCACCAAUGUCACUCCGCAGAUGCUGGUCAACUUCUUAUCCAAGAGAAAAACCAUUUCUUUCAUUGGUUGCUUUAUACAGUUCCAUUUUUUUAUUGCCCUGGUGAUCACAGAUUAUUAUAUGCUCACAGUGAUGGCUUAUGACCGCUACAUGGCCAUCUGCAAACCCUUGUUGUAUGGCAGUAAUAUGUCUAGAUGUGUCUGUCUCUCUCUGGUUGCUGCUCCUUAUAUCUAUGGCUUUGCUAAUGGUCUUGCACAGACCAUACUCAUGUUACGUCUAUCCUUCUGCGGACCCAAUGAGAUCAACCACUUUUACUGUGCAGACCCACCGCUCUUAGUCCUUGCCUGCUCAGAUACCUAUGUCAAAGAAACUGCUAUGUUUGUGGCAGCUGGAUCAAACCUCACCUGUUCUCUCACCAUUAUCCUCAUCUCCUAUAUUUUCAUCUUCACUGCCAUCCUGCGUAUUCGCUCUGCUGAGGGGAGGCGCAAAGCCUUCUCUACCUGUGGGUCCCAUCUCACAGCUGUCACUGUCUUUUAUGGGACUCUGUUCUGCAUGUAUUUGAGGCCCCCUUCUGAAGCAUCUGUAGAACAGGGGAAAAUUGUAGCUGUUUUUUAUAUCUUUGUGAGUCCUAUGUUAAACCCUGUGAUCUAUAGCCUGAGGAACAAAGAUGUUAAAGCAGCCAUAAGGAAGGUUAUCCAAAAGAAAUUGUUUUUUAAAUAA